AUGGCAAGGUUAGAGGCCAUGUUCAUAACUCAUAAGGGUGCAUCUCCUUUGACUUUUUUGUUAAGUGGUUGGUGUCUGCUGCUNGUCAAUACUAGUAGUGCUCUUUCAGCCUUUGAAAAGAUGGAAGAGAAAGUGAUGGCAAUGGAGUCCCAAGCUGAAGCUUUUGGCCAGUUGACAACUGACGAUCUUGAAGGAAAGUUUGCAUUGCUUGAGAGCUCAUCGGUUGAUGACGAUCUCGCAAAUUUGAAGAAAGAAUUAUCUGGUGGUUCAAAGAAAGGUGACCUUCCUCCUGGAAGAAGUGGCACCACUAGCACCAACACUGGAAAUCCAUUUCGAGACUCUGAGAUUGAGUUGGAACUUGAUCAAUUGAGGCAAAGAGCAAAGGAAUUUUGAAGCAUGGAAUCUUUUUUUUUUUUGUUCAAAUUUAGCUUGAAUUUAGUUUCAGCACUUUUAAUAUCAAUGUUGUACAGCUAAAAGGCCAAUCACGAUAUUGUUGACUACUGGCCAAAAAGUUGGUUGGAAAAUUGAACAGAUUAACUGCAUACUCAUGAAGCUCAUGUUUUGAACACUCUCAAGUGUGAUGAUGUUGGAAUAUACGUACGAUUAACAGUUUUUUAAUUUUUU